AUGAGUGGUAAUCAAGGCAGCUUCAGCCUCUUCCAAGAGAUACUCGCCGACCAAACACAGGAGAUCAAUGAUCUAAGGCAGUAUAUCACCAACCAAGAGCAGCAACUCAACACAAUGAAGGAAAGGUUGAUGCGUAUACGCAUUGCUGUAUUAAUGAAUGAAAGCGUAUUACGACCUUUCUUCAGAGUACCACCACGACAGAGAGAUCCUUCCUACUACCCCGUCAUAGAUAUGGAUUUAGAAGCCAUUGAAUGGAUGCAGGCCAACAACAUAGGCGGACAGCAAAAUGCUAUUCGAAGAUUCGAGGCAAUAUAUGGCAUGAAUUUGAGGAAAUGCAAGAUCCUCGUUCGCACAGCGCCAGAAGAGAUCGUUGAAGCUAUGAAUCAAAGAGCCGAACUUCAUUAUUCUCCUUGUUACCGCCGCAGUUUGCGGGACAACAGCAAAAUUAAGCGCAUGAAGCUAAUUUGCUCUGAGAUCAUUAAGCUUUGGGAAGACUGCCAAAGUGCUGCGUACCCCAGUGACCAGAUCAUGGUAAAGCGUUCCAAUCUCGAACGCUUGCUCAACGAGUUCUGGGAUGGACAAGGCAAGAAAACUGAGUGGUUUGGCAAGCGGAAAGUAAAUUUAUCCGGAAAUAAAGUUGUCUAA